UUGAGUUUCAGUAGCUUCCGACAUUCAAUUUAGUAUGAAUACCACAUCGAAACAGUGUAAUGACAUUCGAUUUAGGAUGAAGAUGACACCGGCACUGCGUUACGACAUAAGAUUUAGGUUGAAGACCACACCGGAAAUUAGUUGCGGCAUUCGAUUUAGGAUGAAGACCACACCGGAACCCUGUACCGGCGUUCAAUUUAGUUUGAAUACCAUGCCGGUAUUGAGCUUCUAAUAAACAGAGAACCUUUGGGUUUUCUGAAGGGUACCGGCAUAGGUUUUAGGUUAGAUUACAUGUCGGUACCGUGUUACGGCAUAUGUUUCAAUUUUACGUAUGUGCCGACAAUGGUGUUUUGGUAUCCAGGAACUUCCUAAAGAUUACCGGCAUCCUCGUCAAUUAUUUGUCAAUGCCGGUAUUAGGUCCCGGCAUGUAAUGGUUUAAAAUUACUAUGCCGUGUUUUGGUCACGGCAUGGUCCAAACUUUGUUUUCGUAUGCCGGGCUAAAGCAAAGGAAUCUAACAAACGAAAAACUAAAGAUGAUUAAGAAAAGAAGGAAGGACGGUCUUGGAACUCCUCAAUCUCUGCCUCCUAUAUGGAAAGAAAAAGGUCGCAACAAGCGUUUGGGGGCAUCUACAAGAGGUGAAGUUUGGGAGAGUGUCCGUGACCGUAGUAAACUCGCAAUCCAUGAACCUACCGGAGCAGUUGAGGAGGAAUAUGAGCAAGAUGAAGAGGAAAGUGAGAAGGAAGAUAAUGAGAUUGAUCCAAGUCAAUUAGAAACCCAAAGCCAAGUAGUAGUGGAACAAGUUGGUCCAAGUCAACAACUGACACAAUGCAAGGGCACAUGCAAAGUAAAAGUUAAAGGUUCACACCUUCCUCAUAUUGAUGACAUGAUACCUGACCUUGAUCGUGGUGAAAUUUGGGGUGCAACUUCUUAUUAUCCGGGGCAUCUAUUUGGAUACAAGGACUCUUGGGCUCGUACUAUCUAUCAAACCUAUGAUCAUAAGAAGGUUGUGCGUGUUUGCCGAAACCAAGCCACGUCUCAUUGGUAUUUGUCUAAGGAAUGUGAAGAGGUCCAAACAUUAGUAAAGGAUUCUGGUCUAUAUCCUUUGGUUGAAAAUUAUGUGAAGCCAGGUAUUAUGACAGUCAAUUGCUUCUUGCACGCUCUUACUAACAAGCUGUUUGGUUGGGACUACAAAACUUCUGUGGAAAGCUUCUAUGUAUCUAAGACUAGUAGGACAAAGACCAUCAAGCUGACGUUACUUAAGAAGAAGUUUGAAGACACGGCACAGAGAAAAGAAAAGGAUGGAUGGGACCCCGCACAGAUUUAUUAUACAACCGCUGUGUACCUGUUAUUCAUCUUGGGCACUAGGGUGUUCCCUGACACUAUUGGCAAUAGGGUUAGUGCAAACUACCUUCAUUACUUGGAUCCGUUGGAAGAGGUCUUUAGCUAUUCUUGGGGCACCGUGGUAAUGACACAUUUGAUGACGAAGAUGAGAAUGGCCUCUAAGGAGGUUACAAACCAAUUUGUCGGCAAUUUCACUCUACUCCAUGUCUGGGCUUAUGAACAUUUCCCAACAUUGUUCAAAGGCAAAUCCUUCUUGAAGAUUAUACCCAUUGAUGACCCCGAGGAGCUUAUAGCAAAGAGAUACCAGUUCAACAUCCAUCCGAAGCUCGGUAACAAUCGUCGACUGAUAGAUAUGAGAUUGGAUCUGGACGCGAUGACUACCAAAGAUGUUGUGUUCGACCCUUACAGGGAGGCUAGAGAAAACCGCCAAUAUUUGAGGUUCUAUAACGUUGAAUUUUACAAUGGGCCUUUGUUCCACCCAAAGGGAUACGUUAUGGCCGACCCUCGAAGUGUGAUGCGGCAACUUGGAUAUAAGCAAUUACCCCGCUUCAUGACAGCCUCUAUUGAAAGGUAUCUGCUUGACCUUACUGAGCCUAUGUCAAGUUCCACAAGGUUGAGGGUAGAGAAUGAUCCAAUUCCAGAACCAACACAUUGGAGGGAUAGGGAACCACGUCGUUUGGUAGAUGCUACUAAUUGGGAGCUUGUGAACAACGGUGAUGAAUUUGAUCCCGCCUACAUUGAUAAUUACUUGGAAUGGUCACAUCCUUUUGUCGUGCGCCCGGACGACGUCGAAGUUCCACCCCAGAAAAACCCUCCCGUUCCAACUCCUACAGGGCACCACCUACGAUGGCCCAACUUCAUAAGACCGUUGGAUUGCUACGGUGUCGUCUUCGCAAGUUGAGGAAGUUGUUAGGUUGCAAGUACGAAGAAGGAGAGGUGCUAUCCAUUGAAGAAAUGAAGGAAGUCGUGGAGAAGCUUGAUAAAAUUGAAAACCCAAGUGCAAGAGCUUUGUUUGGGGAAACGAGGAAGGCUCCCGUUGGCAAGAAGCAAAAG